UCCGGUAUGUACCACACCCUCCAAAACGCCAAAAAUUUCCCCACUUCUCCCCACUCCUUUCCCCUCCCUCCUCCCGAGAUCCCAUCCAUGGCCGCCUCCCGCCCCCGGAUCUGGCCCUGAAGGCCGCCAUUGCUCGAUCCGUUCCGGUGGUAUCAUCCCCCCUCCGCGCCGUCGCGUCCCCUGUCUCUUAUAUGUACCCCGUUUAUUGAGGCCGCCUGUCCUUUCCCUUUUUUUGGCCGGUGCCUUCAUUGGUUCUUGAUCCGUCGCAUUUGGACCGUGGAGCUGUCCGAGGGCAAGAAAUUGAUCCGUUCCCUUCGUCUUCUGCUUACCUUUUGCUGUUGCUGUCGAAAUCCCCCUGUCAUUGCAAUCUCCUGUUGCUGUUGCAAGGUGCGUUUUUUACAUAAUUUUUUCCGAGGAUCUGCAAGCACGGAUUCGUUCUCGGGAGGCCGGAUUCUUGCCUUGGUUCUUUGAUUGCGGGGAAUUUGAUGUGGUAUUGGUGCUGCCUAAUUCUGCCGCCAUGUGGAAGCAAUUUAUUGGCAAGCUGUCGUGGAAAUCGCUGAAAUCUAGCUCCGGGGGCGGCGGCGGAGGGGGCUCGCCUACGGCGAAGUCGCAUCCCAUGUCUCCCAGGGAAAAUGGGAGCGUAGGAAAGCCGAACGCCUCGCCUAGGUCGCCCUCAGGGGUCGCCGCAGGCGAGGGGAGAUCCAGGGAAGACGCCUUCAUUCAGAAGGUGGAUAUUUGCUGCACGGUGUACGACUUCGCCGACCGGGGCAAGGACUCGCCGGAGAAAGAGAGGAAGCGGCAGGUGCUGAUGUCCCUCGUCGACUCCAUUGGCGCCGCCGAGGAGCCCCUCACGGAGGCGAUGAUGUCGGCAUGCGUCCACAUGUUCCGUGUUAACCUCUUCAGGGUCUUCCCGCCCAAGGUCCGAUCAGCCACCGUGGGGGCAUCAGAGACAGAGGAGGACGAGCCAUUCUUUGACCCCUCUUGGUACCAUCUGCAAGUUGUGUAUGAAUUGCUUCUUCGGUUUGUGACCUCGCCGUUUGUUGAUCCCAAGGUGGCUAGGAAGUAUGUGGACAGUUCAUUUGUCUCGAAGCUGCUUGACCUGUUUGAUUCCGAUGAUCCGAGAGAGAGGGACUGCUUGAAGACAGUCUUGCACAGGAUAUAUGGAAAGUUCAUGGGAAAUCGACCGUUCAUCCGUAAGGCUGUGAGCAAUAUCUUCUAUAGGUUCGUCUCUGAGGCAGAUCAUCACAAUGGGAUAGCCGAGCUGUUGGAGGUGUUUGGCAGUGUAAUAAGCGGGUUUGCAAAGCCAUUGAAGGAGGAGCAUAAGUUGUUCCUAUGGAAAGCGUUAAUUCCGCUUCACAAGCCUAAGACAGUGGGUGUAUAUCUGCCACAGCUGACGUACUGCAUAACUCAAUUUAUUGAGAAGGAACCAAAGCUUGCAGGAACUGUGAUAAGAGGUCUGUUGAAGUACUGGCCAGUUACAAAUAGUCAGAAGGAGAUGAUGUUCUUGGGGGAGUUGGAAGAGGUGCUUGAGUUGAUUGAUAUGGCUGAGUUCCAGAAGUGCAUGGUACCAUUGUUCCGUAGGAUUGCAAAUUGCCUCAAUAGCUCCCAUUUUCAGGUUGCUGAGAGAGCCUUAUUCUUGUGGAAUAAUGAACAUUUGUUCGAUAUGAUCUCCCAAAACCGUCAAGUGAUCGUGCCGCUCGUAUACCCAGCUCUGGAGAGAAAUGCCCGAUUGCACUGGAACCAAUCAGUGCUCAAUGUUACGAUGAAUGUGAGAAAAAUGUUCUUCGACAUGGACGAGAGAUUGCUCCUGGCUUGUCAGAGCAACUUCCAAGUGGAAGAAGAGAAGCGAGCCGCAACGGAAGAGCGUCGAAGGCUUACAUGGGAGCAGCUGGAGCGUAAUGCUGAUGCAUUCCAACCAGCUAACACGAGCUUUCCAGCAGCCCCUUCUUCGGCCCCUCCAGUAGUUCCCACAGUUACAUGACACGCGUCCAAAUAUACUCCAUCCCCAGUUCCUUUGUUCCCUAGCUAGCUAGAUGAAGUUGUUUGCUUCUCUGGGAUACAGAAGGCAUUUUGUUACCUUUGUAAACCCCACCGUGCCAAAGUCUGUAAUUAAUAGUUGUCGAUUUGAAGACAAUGAAUUCCUUGAUUUUUUUGCGGCGAAUUCUCGAGUAAUGGGCAUUGCCUUCUUGGCAAAAUCUUGGUUGAUUC